AUGCUUUCCCAUCUAGUCUUGGUGAUUUGUGUGUUGGUGAAAUGGAGUGAGGCGCAGGCAAAUGUUGGCGGUGGAAAUGAAGCGGGAGGUCACGAGGACCCAUAUCGGAGUGCCUAUGACACCGACCAACCCCAAUGCGGCACCCAAGGGAUCGCCUUGUUUCAGAAACCGCUCUAUCAAGGCGAUGUGCUCGGUCUUUGUUUGGAUCGAAGCUCUAAAUGUGUUGAUUUUCCACCGGGUUGGUCUCGAAUGGUGGAAUCGGUUUAUGUGGGCAAUGAGAAAGCUUGCUACAUGUUGUUCACCUCGGAGAAUUGUGACGGCAUGGAGUUUAAGGUGAACUACCGUAAGGUGAAAGAGCGCAAAACGGAGAACCUCUUCGACAACAAUCUUGCCGGUCGCCAUGCCUCGAUUCGUGUGUGCAACGAGUACGAGACAACCCACCAC